CUAUAUCGGUUACGUAAAUUAACAGAAAAUCUUUAUUAGUUUAUUAAUCUCUAUCGUUUCUUUCAUGGAUGUAUACAGAUUUUACGCCGGGAAAGUUCUACUAGCGUUAGAGUAUCUUCAUAUGUUGGGUAUAAUCUACAGAGAUUUGAAACCCGAAAACGUGCUCGUCAAGUCAGAUGGUCACAUCAUGCUAACUGACUUUGAUCUUUUGCUUUGCUCCGACGCAAUCCCAGUCAUUGAAUCAUCACUUGAAUCACCCGACUCAUCCUCGUUUGGUUGCUUCCCUAAGUCGCGCGGAGUCCAGACGCUAAACCGGUUCUUUGUAGCCGAACCGGUGACGGCCAGGUCAUUGUCCGUGGUUGUAACGAAAAUUAAUGCUAAUUGCCUUUUUCUAAUUCAUAUUACUAGAGCGGUCAUUACAGUGGUCGGUACACACGAGUACGUGUCGCCCGAGAUGGCUAAAGAUGAUCCCCACGGCAACGCGGUUGACUGGUGGGCGUACGGUGUCUUCAUCUAUGAAAUGAUCUACGGCCGUACACCGUUCCUGGCUCAAUCACGCAAGAGAAUCAUCUCAAACAUCGUCAAUAUGCCACUUGUCUUCCCCACCGGCACAGUGUCAUGCGAGUUCGAGCUUCAUGCGAGGGAGUUGAUUACCGCUUUGCUUGUCAAGGAUCUGACCAAGCGUCUCGGGGCCAAAUACAAAGCGGCUGAAGUUUCAAGGGUCUCAAUUUCGCCUUGAUUAGGUCUUCGCCGCUCCUUUGGCAUGUCGAAGGACUUAGGAGGCAGAAAACUAACGAUAUGAGUUGCACUAGACAGCCAACUUUCGAUUACUUCUAAUAACAUAGUGAUCAGUGGUCUUUUAAGUUAAGAAUUAAAUUAACAGUGUCUUAAUGUUAUUGUAAUGCCUUUUAGUACUCACUUGCUUAAGUUGUUCACCAUAAUUAUUAUUACUUAUCAUUAUAUAUUAUUAUUAUAUAUUGUUAAUGUUUACUUUCGUACAUGUACAAACUAACGUUAAUUCAGAAAAAGAAGAAAUUUCAUGCUAAUUGGCAGACACAUCAGAACAUGUGACUAUGUCUAAUCAUACAAAUUCUAUAUGUAUAUA